UGUCCCAACCAGUUCAGCAGCCCCGCCCCCUUCAUGUGAGGAAACCCAACCUGUGUGCGCGUGCACGCCGCUAUCUUCAGUAGGCCAGCUAAUUCGGCUAAGUCAUUUUACCUCAGGAAAGUCAAGCCAAGUUCAUCGAGCUGAAAAUGUAGAAUACAACUUAUCUAACUGUAAUUUCAGGGUAUAUCUAAAUAUAUGCAGGUACUGUGGGGCUGAGAGGAUACGAAUUUAGAAACCAAGUGACUCAUUAGUGCACUGUUUAUUGAGAGAGGAAGGAAGGAAGGAAGGAAGAUUAGUGACCUGAAAAUGAACUGUUGAUUUAAGAGCUGUGACAAAUGACAGAUGGAGAAGACACAUAAACUGCUGCUGGGGAUUUUUACAGUUGCCCUAUGCAAAUAUUCACAGGCUGAAUGGAACACCACGAAGGACACAGCGAAUAAGACUGUGUCCUGCGGUCCCCAUGACAACAGCAGCAACUGCACAGAUUUGAAGGAUAUCCACCAAUGGAGUGGCCAUUUCUCCAAAUGUCCAGACGACUACCUACAAUAUUGUAUCCAUGGGAUGUGCCGUUUUGUGCAGGAGCAGAACACGCCCACCUGCAGAUGUGAGAGUGGAUACAUUGGUGCCAGAUGUGAAUAUCAUGAUCUCGGCUGGUUGGUGGGUGAACAGAGGGAAAUAGUCAUCAUUAGCAUUAUAUCUGGAUUGGUCAUUCUCCUUCUCAUCAUUGUCUUUGUAUGCAUCUGUGCACACAGAAAGUUUUAUCGGAAAAAGAGGAGAAAACAGAAGAAAAGGGAUGAAGUGGAGCGGCUGAACACACUAAACACGAAUGAAGCUUCACCUGCAACCGGAGACGUGUCUGACACAAACACAGUAUGAGAGCUGUAAAACCAGUCUACAUGGAGUUCUCCUGCUGGACAGGAAGACAUCCUGCAUGAUUAACGAACCUGAAGUCCUUGAAAUGGACCCAAGGGAUGCGGCAUGUGUUCCAACUUUCCAGUCUUUAUUAUAAUUCAGCUAGACUAGACUAUGUGCUAGGCAUGCUUUUUUUCCUCCAGGCUGCAACACCAGCAGCAGUGUGUUUUGGAUGUUAUGGGCAUAGGAUCAAGAAUUUCUGGCCAGAUUUACAGAUCACAGUCAACUGUAAAAGGGAUCUGUUCUUCUCUAAUGCCCCCAAAUGACAAUUUAUUAGAUGGUUAUAUUAGAUAAGCGGACACUUUUGUAUGAAAAUGUUUAAUGCUGUGCAUAAAAAAGUGUCUAUUCAAGUCAGAAAAAACCUUUGAACAAAAAGCGUAUGUAACAUUUCUCAUUGUGAUUAUAAUGAAACAGAUACAAGAAUAUUAAGCCGAUUUCAAAAGACUUUUACUCCUAAGUCAAGUAAAACAUGUAACUGUCUUCUAUUGGCUAAUUGGCUAUUUACCUGCAAAUUGUUCCAUAAACAGAGUGAACAAUAAAGGCUUAAUCAUCUUGCAUUUAUUUUAUCAUCACAAUAAGAGAUGAAAUAAAUGGCUGAUGUUCAUAUUUUGUUUUGAGAUUUUUGUUAUCUCAAAACUGUGCAAUGAGACUACAGACAUCAUUCAGGCAGUUACCUCGAGAAAAUAGUUACUGCAAAGUUUGAUGUCAAAGAAUUUAAACAUUUCUAUCAAAUACACAGAUCUAUUUAUUGUUUGAAGGAUGUAAAAAAAAAAUUAUAUAUAAAAUAUCUGUAGUGUUGUGUGUUAUUUUACUUGCUAUGUAGAUAGAAAGUUCCAGUAAAGUUUAUCUAUCUAUCAAAAAAAAAA